AUGGAAGCCAGUGUCCUGCUCUUUCUCACUCUCCUCCUGGGCUUUGUAGUGCUCCUGCUCAGAGGCCACCCAAAGGCUCAUGGCCACCUCCCACCAGGACCCCGUCCUCUGCCCUUCUUGGGGAACCUCCUGCAGAUGGACAGAAGAGGCCUCCUCAACUCCUUCAUGCGGUUUCGAGAAAAAUACGGAGACGUGUUCACAGUGCACCUGGGACCAAGGCCGGUGGUCAUGCUGUAUGGGACACAGGCCAUAAGGGAGGCUCUGGUGGACCAAGCUGAGGCUUUCUCUGGCCGGGGGACAGUUGCUGUGGUUGAGCCAGUUGUGCAGGGAUAUGGUGUGAUCUUUGCCAAUGGGGACCACUGGAAGGCCCUCCGGCGAUUCUCUCUGGCCACCAUGAGAAAUUUUGGGAUGGGAAAGCGGACAGGAGAGGAGAGGCGGAAAUCAGAGAGACAGAUGAAGACUGACAAACUCAAGGAAUUCAAAGGAGCCCCCCUGGACCCCAAGUUUCUCUUCAAGUGCAUCACAGCCAACAUCAUCUGCUCCAUUGUCUUUGGAGAGCGCUUUGACUACAAAGAUCGCCAAUUCCUGCGCCUGCUGGACCUGAUCUUUCAAAUCUACUCACUCAUCAGCUCCUUCUCCAGCCAGGUGUUUGAGCUCUUCUCUGGCUUCCUGAAAUACUUUCCUGGUGCACAGGUACGCAUCUCCAAAAUCACCCAGGAAAUCCUUGACUACAUUGAACGCAGUGUGGAGCAGCACCAAAAAACCUUGGACCCCAGCAAUCCAAGAGACUUCAUUGAUACCUACCUUCUACGCAUGGAGAAGGAGAAGUCCAACCCACACACGGAGUUCCAACAAAAGAACCUCGUGCUCACAGUGCUGGCUCUCUUCUUUGCUGGUACCGAGACCAGCAGCACCACGCUCCACUAUGGCUUCCUGCUCAUGCUCAAAUACCCCCAUGUUGCAGAGAAAGUCCAAAAGGAGAUCGAAGAGGUGAUCGGUUCCCACCGCCUACCAACCCUUGACGACCGCACCAAAAUGCCAUACACUGAUGCCGUCAUCCACGAGAUUCAGAGACUUUCAGAUGUUGUCCCGAUUGGUGUGCCACACAAAGUCACCAAAGACACUUUGUUCCGCGGGUACCUGCUCCCCAAGGACACUGAAGUCUACCCCAUCCUGAGCUCAGCUCUCCAUGACCCACAGUACUUUGAACAACCAGACACCUUCAAUCCUGACCGCUUCCUGGAUGCCAAUGGGGCACUGAAGAAAAAUGAAGCUUUUAUGCCCUUCUCUAUAGGAAAGCGCAUUUGUCCUGGAGAAGGCAUCGCCCGCAACGAAUUGUUCCUUUUCUUCACCACCAUCCUCCAGAACUUCUCCUUGUCCAGUCCUGUGGAUCCUAAGGACAUUGACCUCAGUCCCAAGGAGAGUGGCUUUGGCAGAGUGCCCCCAGAAUACCAGAUCUGCUUCUUGGCCCGAUGA